GCGGUGUCACUUUCGAUUUUAUAGUGAAAAUAGUAGUCAACUCCUCCGUCGAGAUGCAGAUCAACCCGGCGGGUCGUUUAACCAAAAUAGGAAACCGGCGCUUUGGACAAUAUUACAAUCUUUCUACUAAAUCCGUUUUCCGGUUCUCCACUCCAAAAACAGGGAUCUCUCCAAAAUUGCCGCUGUUAAUUUGUAACCGUCUCGAGAAAAUUGGCAGUAUCAAUCUUCGGAUUUCUGCCGAGACAUUAAAACCCCUGUUCCUCUCGAUUUUGUCCAAAACUCAACAGUUUUUUGAGCGCUCCACUGUUCCUGUGAUAGAAAGGGAGAAAAUGGAGGUCAAUGGUUGUUUCAAGCGUAAUCUUCUUCUGAUGUUUACUGUAUUUGGAGUAAUGGCGAUAGUGAAAGGUCCAACUGAAGCCCUAGCUUCUAGUUCUCCUUCUGCUUUUGUCCAAAAUGUCAUCUACUCUAACAAGAUCGCCAUCUUUUCCAAAUCCUAUUGUCCGUACUGCAAGCGUGCCAAAGGCAUCUUUAAUGAACUUCAAGAGCAACCAUUUGUGGUGGAGCUUGAUCUUAGAGAUGAUGGCGCUCGUAUACAAGAUGUCCUUCUAGAUCUGGUGGGUCGCAGCACAGUCCCUCAAGUGUUUGUGAAUGGGAAGCAUAUUGGUGGUUCAGAUGAUCUCCGAAACGCUGUCGAGAGUGGGCGUUUGCAAAGUCUUCUUAAGAAAGAGUAAAGUUGUGCUGUAAGUCAAGAGAUUGAAGCAUCUCUCCUGAAGUUCUGAAACUGCAGUGGCUCGUGGAUAGCUUAGUUAUGUUUGGUAGGUCCAGGUGUAAACUAAAUAUUUGUAUGCUGAUAUGGUGUUUGUUUCGUUUCUUAUGCUGAAAAUAUGGUAUUUGGAGAAAAACAAGGGAUCUGAACGUAAUUCCAGAGCUUAUAACCUUCACUUGCUAUAA